UGGCUGCCUGCGCGGCUGACUGCUUGCCUCCCUGACCGCCUAUCUCCCGGUGCACGUGGCAGUUGACACGUGUCAAUCAUUUAAUCGAUCUGCUCCUGGUAGGGUGAACCUGGUAGUUUGCCUGCUGCUCCAGGAAAGUGCUCCUUAGUGGAAGUGACAGCGACAGCGAUGGCCCAGGAAAGUACUCCUGGCAUGAAGAAGAAGAAAGCGAGGAAGCAGAAGGACACGGGGGAGGUCGAGCAGACGGCUAUGGCGGCCAAUGGCAAUCAGACGGCUAUGGAGGGCAAUGGACACGACGGUGAAAUUGUGGAAAUGGAGGUAAUUGCGAAGGGUGCGAGGUCUUCGAAAGGGAGGGGAAUCUCUGAGGGAGGAGGGGGGGAGACGGCUAUGGCGAUCAAGAAGGACGAAGGCGGCUAUGGCGUGACCGUUGAGGAUGGAUCGAAGGGGGAGGAGAAGAAGAAGAAGAAGAAGGAGAAGAAGAAGAACAAGAGGAAGGAGAAGGAUGAGAACGAGGAAGAUGGGCAGGAGGAAGAGGAGGAGGAGGAGGAGGAUAAGGGAAUGAAGGAAGACGGAGAUGGCAGCAGAGGGAAACGAGCGAGAGCGACGGAUCUAACGAAAGAGGAAAACGACCGUGGCCGCCAAGACGGAGAAGAAACGAAGAGAGAAAAGAAGGAGAGAAAAAGGGAGGAAAGGAAAAGAUCGAAGACGCACACGAAGAACAGGGGUGAGGAUGAAGAGGAAGGUGCGGCUAUGGCCGCUAUGGAGGAUGUGUCGAUGACGGAUCAACGUGAAGACGGAGAUCAGGAAUCGACGUUGCUAGUAAACGGUGCAAAGAAGAGGAAGGACGGAGAGAGAGGGGAGAAGAACGAGACCGCUAACGGUGUGGCGGCUAACGGUGAGGCGGCUAACGGUGAGGGAGAUAACGGUGAGGAAUACAAGAAGGGGAAGAAGGAGAAGAAGAAGAAGAGGAAGAAGGCUAAGGAGGAGGAUCUACAAGAGAAGAAUGAGGAGAAUGAGGAGGAGGAGGAGGAGGAGGAGGAGGGAGGGGGUUAUGCAGGAAAGCGUGGCGGCGGGGGUAAAUUGGCGGUGAAGGUCACCGCCGAAUUGGCGCGCAGUAAUGGCAAAUCGAAUUCGAAUUCGAAUUCGAAUUCGAAGGCGAAGGCGAGUUUGGAAGAUGCAGAGAAAUUACGAAAGGAAUUAGGUUUGACUUUGACUGGGAGCGGUGCGGAGCAGUUCCCGCCAAUUCGCACCUUCCGCGAGUCCGGUCUUCCUGAUGACGUCAUCGCUACUUGCAGAUCCUUCGAGAAGCCAUCGCCGAUUCAGAGCCAAUCUUGGCCGGUGGUUUUGGCUGGUCGGGACCUCAUCGGUAUCGCGGCCACCGGAUCGGGGAAGACCAUCGCGUUCGCUGUUCCCGCGCUGAUGCAUUUGCAGAAAACGAAGAAGACAACGACGAUGAUGUCGAGCAAAACCUGGAAGAAGACCACGCCAUCGCCGACCUGCCUCGUGCUCUCCCCGACACGAGAGCUCGCUCAGCAAAUUUCAGGUGUGUUUGAAGAAGCAGGAGCUCCGCUUGGUGUUCUCACGGUGUGUGUUUAUGGCGGAGUGCCAAAGGGUCCGCAAAGAGACAUGCUGCGCAAGGGAGCGACGGUUGUGGUUGCAACUCCUGGAAGGCUGAUGGACCUGAUGGAGGAGGGAGCGUGCUCCCUUCAGCACGUCGAUUAUCUGGUGCUCGAUGAGGCGGACAGAAUGCUUGACCUUGGCUUUGAAGCGGCAAUCAGAGCGAUCAUCAAGACAACCAGUUCUUCACGGCAGACACUCAUGUUCAGUGCAACCUGGCCGCAGGCGGUGGGACAGCUGGCGAGCGAGUUUCUGAAUAACCCACUGAAGAUCACAGUUGGAUCAGAGGAUCUCGCUGCAAAUCACAGUGUCACACAGAUUGUGGAGGUCCUUGAGGACCGGGCUCGUGAUGCAAGGCUUGACGAGCUGCUCAGGAAGUACCACAAGUCGAGGAAGAACAGAAUCCUUGUCUUCGUUCUCUACAAGAAAGAAGCCGUGCGAGUGGAGAUGAUGUUACAGAGGAGAGGGUGGAACGUCGUGGCAGUUCAUGGAGAUAAGGGCCAAACAGAUCGUACCAAUGCCGUAAACUCCUUCAAGGACGGGAGUGUUCCUUUACUGAUUGCAACAGAUGUUGCGGCACGAGGUCUUGAUAUUCCAGAUGUGGAAUACGUGAUCAACUACAGUUUCCCGCUGACAACGGAGGACUACGUUCAUCGGAUUGGCAGGACAGGAAGGGCUGGAAAAAAGGGUGUUUCACAUACGUUUUUCACUAUGUCUGACAAGUUGAGAGCAGGUGAAUUGAUGAAUGUCUUGAGAGAGGCGGGUCAGGAGAUUCCAGAAGCACUUAUGAAGUUUGGAGCACACACGAAGAAGAAGGAGUCCAAGCUGUAUGGCGCACAUUUCAGAGAGAUAAGUGCGGAUGCACCGAAGGCACAGAAGAUCGUUUUCAAUGAUGAUGAUGAGUGAUUCUGGAACAAGCGACAAAUCAUGACGAGCGAGGAGCGUGUUUCUCCUGAUGCCCCUAAUGCUGUUGGCACAGAACUCGUGACAAAGGGAGGAAUAUCCUGUGUGGCCCCUGAUGAAAGUCAUUCUGAGAACAAUCUGAGAACUCAAAGUGUGCAGCAGUUCAAGGUCCUCAGAAUGAUCAGAUGAGAUGGCGAGAAGAUUAGCAUGGCUCCUGAACAACCCAGGGAAAAAGAAAAGGAAAUCGCUUCGGGAAGUUCGGGUCCAUGCGUGCAAUCUUACAUGGGCUUCCAGUGAGAGAUGGAUUAUGAUUUCAACUUUCAAGUCCUAUGUGCGGUCCAUGACGGAUUCGAUUGGUCACCCGCUUUCGGUAACCGAUCACCUUGUCGAUCAUGCAAUGGCAGUGAUGAUGGAUUUUGUUUUUGUUACUUUGUUUAUCUGGUUUCAUAACCCCUGUUUUUCGGAGAAAUAGAUUGCGGAUUUGGCGUUCCGUGAUGGAUUUUGUCACCCCGUUCGGAAUGAAUUCUGGACCAGAUGCGGUGCACCUCUUUCGGUAAUGGAUACCGUAAUGUAAUAAGUUGUGUGGUGAUUGCUUGCUUUGAGUCUGAAACCGAAGAUUCGUUGAUGUUCGGUUUUAGUUGCGAUCAGAUUGCAUGAUUGUGUUUUGGUCACGAGCGCGUUAGAACUUGAGUUAGAGCCCAGAGGAUGUUUCGAAUAACAACUUCCGCAUCUCCGUUAGUCGAUUUCUUCGAUUCUCGAAACGAAGAUUUUCUUUCGUAUUCAGUUGUUGCAGGUAGGAGGAGGAUUAUUACAGCAACGGAGCUUCGUACGUAUCUGGUCAGCGAUGGGAAACCAAACAACUGGGGCAAGUCGGGAACCUCAGGCUGAGGGGGAUCAGAGAUUGCUCCUCGGCGAAAUUUUGUUCCCGACUUUUGUAUCCGUCUUGUAGAUCGAAGGUUCAAAGAUUGCUAGGGAACCCAGAGGCACAAACCGCCCCUCAUCGGAUCCGUAGAAGAAAAGGUGUGGUUACUGCGGUAACUUCGGGCAGUUCAGACUUAUAAGUUAUAACUCGUUUGGGGCCUCGCCACACCGUUCCCGAAAUCGUUGAGUUUCGGGAGCACCCGAAUUUGACUUGUGUCAGACCGAAUUCGGGAGCUGUCAGGUCUCAUGGCUAGAGAGCACUCCUGAAUGCUCCCGAAACCUCCCGCCUGCAAGAGGGCAGUUUCGGGAGACCUCGGGCUGUGCACUCGAACUGGCCCGAACCCCGAACGCUCCUGAAAAUGUCGACCCGCAUUCACACAGGACACGAGUGAUUCAUGAGGGAUUCAUCGUCCCGUUCGCCCACCCCAAGCUUGGUUGUUGGGAGCGCCCGUUUCGAGAGCCCAGUUUCGGCGAAGCACGCUCUCGGACGGGAUUUCCCUAGUUCUCAAUGAUGAGAGCACACCCGAAAAAUUUUCGGGAUCCGGGAGUGCAACAAAUUCCUAUGAUUCUUUUUGUUUUCCCUUCCCCCCCCCCCCCCCCCCCCCCCCGGGAAAUAGGUCCUUAUGGGCCUGGCAAUUUCUGUGAUUCUAAGACCGGAGGUUCUUUGGCAUUGAGUUGCAGACUGUAGGAUCAGACUCAUCAGAGUCAUCAGACAGAGCGCAGGUUGCGUUUCAGAUUGACGAUUAGUCGAGGCAAGCUGGGAACCUAAGGCUGAGGAGACGGCUACUCCUCGGUGAAAUUUUGUUCCAAACCUGUCAUGUCUUAGAGCGUGAGUACCGGAACUUUGUGGACUGAAUAUGGUCAUCGUUUUGUAGUCGGAUUCGUUCAAGAAAGUAUAGGUGUGUGAACCUUCCCUGAGUUUCUGAAUGAGUGUGGAUGGCAGUUUUCACGAUGCAGUCUGAUGGCUUGCUUGUCGGAUUCGACAGCCGCCAGCUGAAAGAACUCUGUUUUGCUCACGGGAUGUGAUAGAUUGGUGGCAACGGUGAAAUCUCGCAUCGACACUCCUUCAGAAACUGAAAGCAGCUUUGAAGAGGGAGCAGGGCAGCUUUGCUCACGGGAUGUGAUAAAUCCGCGGCAACGGUGAGUGGAGAAGGUUGGUCGCGGGUGCUCUCUGCUCUCUUGACAAACUCGGCAGGAUGCAGUCUGACGUCUUGUCCGAUUUGAUGGCCCCCAGUUGGAAGAACUUUGUUCCACUUCUUGAAGAGGGAGCGGGGGAGCUUCGCACACAGGGUGUCAUGAAAUGGUGGCAAUGGCGAGUGGAGAAGAGAAUGGGGUCAGGAGAACUGAUGGUCCCCACCAGGACGUGGGUUCUCUGUUCUCUUGACAAGCCCGAAGAAGAGAAUGGGGUCAGGAGAACUGGUGAGUGGUCCCCACCAGGAUAUGUGUUUGUAUUACUUUGUGAACAUGAAGAAGGGCUGGGACCCACAAGGAUAUAGUUUAUGACAUGUUUGAUGAAUUUGGUCCGAAUUCACAGCAGGUUCACGCCAAUAGACUCGAUACAUAGCUAGCCUGGUUCCAGCCCAGCAUAGAUUUUUUCCACCAUAAUUUGACGGACUGUUUACGAUGGCAUGGCAGGUUUUGUGUUUGUAAGAUGCCACGCUGCAAUCUCUGGCCUCUCAUCAUUGAGCAUGUGGGUUGUAAUGCGCGUCAACUGGAAACCUAAGUGCAGGAGUCA